UCCCCCAUGACGGGCAAAAUGGCGGCGUCCGCGAGGAGUGUACUUAGCCGCUCGGCCCGGGAUACCGGUCACAUUUUGGGGCGCCACUUUGUUCUCGUGGCCAAGUGCUUGUGUUCCGCUACUGCUUCGGCUCGGCCUUCGAGUGCUCAGCAGCUAGCGGAGAAGCUGCGAGCCAAGAAGGAAGAAGAGAAAGCGAAGAAAAGAGAGGUGCCUAGAGACCCUGUUCAGAGGAGAGUGCAGGAGCUGAAGCAGUACACUAAACAGCUACAGAAUGUCCACCCCAAUGUGUUAUCUAAGGCACUGAAGAGAGGUAUCCUACAUGAAGACAAGAACCUUGUUGUUAUUAACAAGCCAUAUGGCCUCCCUGUGCAUGGUGGCCCAGGGGUCAAGACCUGUAUCACCGACAUCCUGCCUAUUUUGGCCAAGAUGUUAUAUGGCCACAAAGCAGAGCCAUUGCACCUCUGCCAUCGCCUGGACAAGGAGACAACUGGAGUGAUGGUGUUGGCACGGGACAGGGAGACGGCUCACCAAGUCCAAGAGUUGUUUAAAACUCGGCAGGUGGCAAAGAAGUACUGGGCCAUCUGUGUGGGCGUCCCCAUGCCUUCAGCAGGGAUGAUAGAAAUCCCUAUCAUUGAGAAGGAGGUGCAAGGCCAGCAGCAACACCAUAAGAUGACACUGGCACCCAGCUACCGCAUGGAGAAUGGGAAAACCAUGAAGGUGCGUCCAAACAGGCAUGCUCAUGUUGCUGUGACCCAGUACAAGGUGCUGAGCAGCACUCUGUCCUGUGCCCUCCUAGAGCUGCAGCCCGUCACAGGGGUGAAGCAUCAACUUCGAGUCCACCUAGCCUUUGGAUUGGGGUGUCCAAUCCUUGGGGAUCACAAAUAUUCUGACUGGAACAAGUUGGCACCCCAGAAGCUGUCUGUUGGCAUCCUGAAGAAACUGGGUCUGGAACAGACAAAGACCCGUUACCUUCCUCUCCACUUGCAUGCCCAGCAGCUGAUCCUACCUCCCCUGGGCUCUGAGAGCCAGGACCUUAACUUGGUUUGCAAGCUCCCCCGAUUCUUCGUGCACACUUUAUCACGCCUAUGCCUGGAAAUCCCUAAAAAAGACUGAAGAGAACACAGUGUAGGACAAUCGGACAAGUUUUCAUUGGGCUCAUUGGCUUUGUUUCUGUGAAACGAGGUUAAAGAGGUGACCCCCAAGGAGGAGGUCUUCAUCUUCCUCCAGGUACUCUUGACUUUGAAGUUGAAGAUGCUGUCUGGGUUGACUUUCUGUGGAAUUAGAAUCCAGUAUCCAAAUGUACAAGGGACUGAAGAGUCUCGGUUGUUUGGAUUCUCUUACAUCAAACAACGCUUAUUUUCUGAUAAGGGAAGCAGGUUGUGGAGAUACUUGUUUUGAGGGUCUGUAUUAACGCCUCACUUCACUGGGACAGAAGAACCCUGCCAAGCUAGGCAGACUGGUCCAAGGGGGAGAAUGAAAUGUAGAUAAUCCCCAAAGAUAGAAACAAGAACCAAGAGCUAUAUUCUCCCUGCAAUAAAAUUCUUAUCUAAA